CAAUAUCAUCCUUCCCUAUUCUUUUCACGACAAAAACCACAUAAACCCAACUCUGCAACAAGCUCCCUUCACUUGGAGGAUUCCCAGAAUGGCAAGUGCUGCAGCUCAUGCUGUUAUGGCAGCAAACACAUUCACGCGCGCAAUCCCUAAGCAAAAGACCACCUACUUCUUCUCCAAAAGACAUCGCAAAACUGACCUCACCCUCAGAGCUUCCACUGAAGACUCCGACUGUAAUGUCGAAGAAUGUGCUCCUGAAAAGGAGGUCGGAAAGGUCAGCGUGGAAUGGUUGGCUGGUGAGAAGACAAAAGUAUCAGGGACAUUUCCUCCCCGUAAUACUCGGGGUUGGACUGGAUAUGUUGAAAAGGAUACUGCUGGGCAGACAAAUAUAUACUCUGUAGAGCCUGCAGUUUAUGUAGCAGAAAGCGUGAUAAGCUCAGGAAGUGCAGGCUCUUCUUCUGAUGGAUCUGAGAACACAGCAGCGGUAGCCUUUGGAUUUGCCCUCAUAUCUAUCGCUGCAGCUUCCUCCAUACUCCUCCAAGUAGGUAAGAACCCACCAGAAAUUCAGAAAGUAGAAUACUCUGGGCCAUCACUUAGUUACUAUAUCAACAAGUUGAAGCCGCAAGAAAUAAUACAAGCCUCGGCACCAAGUGUGAGUGAAUCAUCCUCAACACUUCAGCAAGACACCUCUCCGCCAGAACCUUCCCAGGUACAGCCUGAAUCAGAAGUUCAGCCGGAGCCUUCUAUUUAAGGUGUCAACUGUUAGCGUGAGUGAGCUGUUUGUGAGCUGUGUAAAGCAACAAACAUGUU